UUUUUUGAUUAUGGCGUACGUUGCACUUAGCGAAGCCGAGAAAACGUUUAUAUUGCAUGGCGUAGAGGAGGAUUUUCGCUGCGAUGGGCGGUCUCGUCGGGAUUACCGGCCCAUGGAGCUGGAGACUGGGCUGGUGAGCAAUGCGAGUGGAUCGGCUCGUCUCCGCUUAGCCAACACGGACAUCCUCGUGGGCAUCAAGACAGAAAUCGAUGUGCCCGAUCCCUUGACUCCGGAAUUCGGUAAACUCGAGUUCUUUGUGGAUUGCUCUGCUAAUGCCACGCCAGAGUUUGAGGGUCGCGGCGGCUCAGACCUGGCCCAGGAGCUAGUGCUCGCUCUGGAAAAUGCCUACGAAUCCCCUUUAGCCUUUGACUAUCGCACAUUGUGCCUUAUACCGGGUCAGCAGUGCUGGAAGCUCUAUAUUGACAUCUUGAUACUCGAGUGCGGUGGAAAUCUUCACGACGCCGUUUCCCUGGCCGCCAAGGCAGCGUUGCACAACACAAAACUGCCGCGAGUAACUGCCUCCCUAUUGGAUGCCGGCGUCACGGAUCUCAUUAUAUCAGACAAUCCGUACGACUGCACACGACUAACCAUUGAUACGGUUCCCCUGCUGGUCACUGUGUGCAAAAUCGGCGACUAUUGCCUUGUUGAUCCCUCAGCGGAGGAGGAGGCUUGCAGCACUGUCAGCAUAGUUGUAUCCGUAUCGAUGCGGAAUGGAGAAGCCUUCCUUUCCGGCUCCCACAUGACUGGCGGCGGCGCUAUGCACAGAGAUACCAUGCGCAAUUGCCUGAAUCUCGGCCUGUCGAUUGGCGAACAACUAAACACGCUGCUCGCAAAGGUGCUGAAGCAGGAGGAGGAGCGCGUGGGACCUAAGCGGCCCAAGACGGUUGGAUUUCUUAAAUAAAAAAUCGUUGAAUUGGUAUGAAAA